AUGGUAACUUGCAAAACGAGAUUUAUAUGAUGCAACCACAGUUUUUUUGCUCAAGGGGAAUGUACCUUGGUAUGUUGCCUACGGAAGUCUCUUUACGAUCUAAAGCAAUCUCCACAUGUUUGGUUUCGUCGUUCAGUAAUAUUAUAUUACAGUUUAGUCUUCAGAAAUGUGAGGUUGACCAUCCUAUCUUUUAUAGAAAUUCUUCUAUUGGUCAUAUUUUUUUGAUUGUAUGUUAUUGAUGACAUUGUUAUCACUGGAGAUGAUCAUACAAAUAUCCCUCGACUCAAGGAGUUCUUAUAAGAGCAAUUUGUCACCAAAUAUCUUGAUAAUCUCUAAUACUUUCUCGGGAUUGAGACUGUUUGAUCCAAGGAGGAGAUUGCAAGCAAUCAAUGAAAGUAUGUCAUUAAUCUUCUUGUAGAGAUAGGUAUAUUAGGUACAAGGCCAAUUACUAUUCCAAUGAACCCUAACUUGAAAUUAUCAUUUGAUGAAAAUGACAUGUUAGAGGAUCUAAGGAGGUACAAACGUUUAGUUGGCAAAUUAAAAUAUCUGACUAUCACUCAGCUAAAUAUCUCUUUUGCUACUAGCGUACCAAGUUAAUUCAUGAAACGACCACACAUCAAGCAUCUCAAUGCAAUCAUGCCGAUAUUGAGGUAUCUCAAGGGUAAUCUAGGUAGAGUACUGCUAUACAAAAAUAAUGGUAAUCUCAUAGUGCAGGCUUUUUCAGAUGUUGAUUGCGUUGGUUGCAAUGUAGACAAGAGAUUUAUUACUGGCUAUUAUAUUUUCCUUGGUGACAAUCUUAUUUCUUGA